UCACCACAAGUUCAAUCGCUUUCUCUCUCUAAAACGUCCCCACAAAUCUCAGUCUUUCUCUCUAACUCUCAUCAAAAUGUCAGGCCGCGGCAAGGGUGGCAAGGGGCUAGGCAAGGGCGGAGCAAAGCGGCACCGCAAGGUCCUCCGCGACAACAUUCAGGGCAUCACCAAGCCGGCGAUUCGGAGGCUGGCCAGAAGAGGAGGAGUCAAGAGGAUCAGUGGGCUGAUCUACGAGGAGACCAGAGGUGUGCUCAAGAUCUUCUUGGAGAAUGUGAUCAGAGAUGCAGUGACCUACACCGAGCACGCCAGGAGGAAGACGGUGACCGCCAUGGAUGUGGUGUAUGCCCUGAAGAGGCAGGGCAGGACUCUGUACGGGUUUGGGGGUUGAUUCUUUAGGGUUUGUAGCAGCUGGGCUUUGUCACUUUGUUGGUUUAUUAGGUGUUUAAUGAUGUAACUGAAUGAUCCUGUUUUAAAUAGAAACAUAUUUCUCGUUUCUGCUCA